UUUGUAACAAUGCUCCUUCGCCUUGGCCACAUCGACAAGACAUUUUCACAAGGUUCAGACUUCUCAACAGCUUUUAACUCCAUCCCCACAUACCCACCUCUCUCUCUUUCUCCCUCUAUAUAUAUUUCUUGCUGGAGUUCUUUUUCAGAGUUCAAUUUUCAUACUUUGUUUUUUCUAAAAAAAAAAUAAUGGCUGAAACUGUGAGCAAUAAGCAGGUGAUUUUGAAGCAUCAUGUCUCAGGUUUUCCAAAGGAAACCGACAUGCAUGUCAUCAAUAGCAACAUUGCUUUACAGGUCCCAAAGGGCUCAAAUGGGGUUCUUUUAAAAAACCUCUAUUUGUCUUGUGAUCCUUACAUGAGAUCAAGAAUGAAGAAGAUUGAAGGGCAUUAUGUUGAGGCCUUCAAGAUUGGCAUGCCUCUGAGUGGAUGUGGGAUGGCUGAGGUUUUAGAUUCUGAGCAUCCAGACUUCAAGAAGGGAGAUUUGGUUUGGGGGAUGACAGGUUGGGAAGAGUACAGUCUGAUUACAUCUCCAAAUUUGUUCAAAAUUCAACACACAGAUGUGCCUCUUUCCUAUUACACUGGAAUUCUGGGUAUGCCUGGUAUGACUGCUUAUGCUGGAUUUUAUGAGGUCUGCUCUCCCAAGAAGGGAGAGAAAGUCUUCAUUUCAGCAGCAUCAGGCGCCGUUGGUCAGCUAGUUGGGCAGUUUGCAAAGUUGCUGGGUUGCUAUGUUGUUGGGAGUGCUGGGACUAAAGACAAGGUUGAUCUACUGAGGAAUAAAUUCGGGUUCGAUGAGGCCUUCAACUAUAAAGAAGAACCGGAUCUUGAUGCAGCUUUGAAAAGGUACUUUCCUGAAGGCAUUGAUAUAUAUUUUGAAAAUGUUGGGGGUAAGAUGCUUGAUGCAGUGCUUCUCAACAUGAGACUCCAUGGUCGAAUUGCAGUGUGCGGAAUGAUCUCACAGUACAAUCUUGAAAAACCUGAAGCAGUGCACAACCUGAUGAACCUGAUUUUGAAACGGGUUCGAAUGGAAGGAUUCCUGGUUCCCGACUACUACCACCUCUAUCCGAAGUUUCUGGAAAUGAUUAUUCCUCAGAUCAGAGAAGGAAAGAUUGUAUACGUAGAAGACAUCGCCAAAGGCCUUGACCGUGCUCCUGCAGCUCUGGUUGGGCUCUUUACAGGUCAAAAUGUUGGCAAACAAGUAGUUGCCGUUACUUAUAACUGAAGUAUUUAGUCAGCUUUUAUGUUCUUACUGUUAAAAAGUUACAGGUUACUGGAUUGCUAUAUAUAGCUACUUAAUUAUGAAACAGUUUUAUUGUUGUUGCAUGAA